AUGGACUGGCGCCUAGCGUGUGUUAGGAUGCUUCUAUUUGGAAGUAGUACGGGCCAAGGUGUUUUAGCCACGCUUCUAUAUGUUUGGCACCGGCAAAACGAGCAGUUGGUCUUUUUAAUUGCAUCUUUUAUUGUGGCAAUUGGACUGGUUCCGGCAUUGGUCUGGAACCCCCGUUGUCUCUGGUGGUGGUAUCUGCUACAUGUGGUGUCGGUAGCAUUUCUUCUAGCGGCCACGAUUUACUUUCUCGUGAAGGAAAGCAAUGCGUUUAGAGAGUCUCAGGGGUCUUUGAGUCCGAUUUACGUGCUGAUCGUCGCAUUGGCGAUGAUUUCGCUGUUUUUGGUGGGUUUUUCGUUUCCGACCGUAGUGCAAACGCCGCCAAGAGAGGAAGACACCGAAAAGGCCGAAAACGGCAAGCAUUUUGACUCAGAACUGGCUUCGGCAGAAUGGAAUUCUUCUGCUGCUUGUUCCGAGCAGCUCUCCCUCAACAAGCUGCACCAAGUGACCUCCCCUCCUCUCGGAUCGAACCCUCUUAAUAAUAAAGAUUCGGAGCGGACGCUUGUUGGCAAAACCGCACCGCUUGUGCCAAAAAAUGACGAGGAAUUCGAUCUUGCAUCGGUCAAUUGGCUCGUUCAGGCUUCCAUGGCUCCAUCUGCGCUUGACGACCAUCUAGGAGAAAACUGGAUGGCUUCCAGGCAGCACUAUACCUUUGGAGGCAGUGAGAGUAGAUUGCCGCAUGUUUCGGAGCUUUCGAGUGUUCACAGCGGCAGAGGUGCUUCUGGUCUUGGUCGUAGUAAUACCACGGGCCAACUCUCAAUGAAGAAAGCUCGCAGAGAUCGAAGCAACACCUCCGCCGGCAACUUCAUCACAAGAGACCAGCUGAAUGUUUUGCAGUCUGGCCGCAACCUCCUGACAACGCCAUCUGCUCAUAGGCAUGACCGGUCCCAAUCGAUCGACCCGGGCUUCCACUUUUUGUCCAAAUCUCAUCACCAAGCAUCCCCCUCCCAAUCGACUACACAAUAUACUGGCCACAAUUAUGGCCGCGGAUCUCAAUGCACACUUCCCCGGCUCUCCUUUUCCGAAGCGCCUGUCCAGUCUAAAGUGUUUCACACGCCUGAGCUUGGGUCCACUUCAGACGGUACCAUGCCCAACAGCCCUGACGGAAACCAUUUUUUUGCAGCUCCUCCACAAACAUCCCCCAAAAUGCACUCUGCAGGUAGUUCCAUGGGAGACAUCAUGGAAGGUCUUGAAGAGAUUCCUCAUGGCAUGCCUAGAUGGAAUUUCAGACAGCCCUCGGCGCUGAUGCAAAAUGUCUCCCUUCAAGAAUGGGAAACGAAAAAAAAUAGCUGGCUUGCUUGUGAGCAUGAUAUCAAGCCGCUCGUUUUCUAUCUGAAUACUCAUUCGGCGGUAGAAAGUCAGGUCAGUCCUGGUCGCAAGCACCAUGACCCAACACUCACAAACGCUACCACAGAUGGAAUCCUGAUGCGCUCAUUCAGUGCUCCAUCUCUUCAUACAUAUCGUCAAGUUUCGGACAGUAAGUCUAGGUCAGGCUCGCAGGCUCUGGCUUUAGACGACACAAUUGUUCUUCCAAAUCAUGAUAGCUAUGCUUUAUAUCGCACACAGACUCCGCCCGCUCUAACGCUGGUGUCGGAGGCUCCAUCGGUCAAUACAUCCCCCAUCAGAAAAAUCAUGAGCUUCAUGAAGCGCGACCUGCUUCUGGAAGCCAAUGCCUCUUACGGAGGCGGUUCUACAGCCAACACUACCUCAGGACACAAACACUCAGAAUCUGUGACAGCAUCGAUGGUAUCUUCCGCGACAGGCAAGUCCAGCCGGUCUGGGCUGCCCCGGAAAUCCAUCAAAAAUCUUUUUACUCGCUCUCAUUCGACUGAGCAGCCAAUCAGAUCCUCGUUUGCAUUUGCCAUGACUCCACGCAUGUCGCCACAAAAAGAACCACAGCCGCUUAUAUAUUCCAAACCAAAGAUUCCAUUGAACUUCCGUUUUCAAGACUGGGAGACUGAUACGUUGGAAAAUCUGGAUCGCUCCAGAGUGAGCAGUGUUCCUAGUGCAGUGAUUGGAGAAUAUGAUCGCGAGAAAUGGCGGACAUUAAAGGAAUUGAAGCAGCGAGACGUUUCAUGA